AUGUUGGAAGCGCGCGGCCCCGAGGAUGCGACGACGAAUUCAGAAGGCACUUUGCCCGUUGCGGAUUCGAUGCAAGAGGCCUUUUAUCAAGUCCGGGUAGACGCGGCGUCGACAGAUCUUCACCGAGCCCGAGAGCGUCUCGUGGCCGCCGCCGCUGCGCGUGUGCGACGUCACUCGACAGUGCCCGCAGACCCGCAAGAUCCAUCGCAACCGUGGGCGAAGGCGCUGGCAGAGGACAUGGCCGUCGAAUUGCAAAGGGUCCAUUGCGCGUUCUCCGCGUGUACUUGGCGCUUGGAAGUUGUCGACGAGUUGCAUGAACACGUGGCCGAGGAACAUUGGGAUAUCGCGCUGCCCAUCGCCGAGAUUGUGAAUCCCUCGGGCGAGGAGGAAAGGCUCCGAGUGGAGGCAGCGUACCACGAGAUCGUGCGAGCGCGCAUGGGCGUAGAAGCAUACCUGGGGGAUUAUGGGUCGGAGCCUGGCAACCUGGCGCUGGACUUAGAGCGUGCAUGGGAGAAUGGAGAGUUCGAUAAUUGGUUCGUGACAAUUCCAACGGCCAACGGCGAUGUGAACAUGUUGUGUUGCCCGGAAGACCAGGAGUGCGUGAAUGGGUGUGAAGGCCCUGGUGCGGUGGCGGUGGGCGCGGGCCUCUGCGAUCCUUCGGUGUAUAGUGUUGACGAAGAGCGGAGUUUUAUUCUGCGCGUGGCGAGCGCAUGGCUUCCGAGAUGCGAUAGGCUCGAAUGCCCGUGCGGCGGGCACGGUGCCGCGCGCGCUCUGGUGAGAACGAGCAGAGCGGACGAGAGAGCGGCGAGCGCAGACAUGGACACGGUGCAGUACCGACUGUGGGAACUCAUGGACCCGGAUCUAGUCCGUGUCAAGUGCGUCAUGUACCUGGAUCUGUGCGCGCACCUGCUGCAGGAGCAUCGGGCGCAGCUCGAGGAUAUCGCAGCUUCGCUGGUUUGCGUGUCUGCCGAGGAAGAGAAGAGCGAAGAGUUGCGUUACUUGUCCGCGUACAACGAGGUCGUGGCAUGGAAGGUCCGUCAAGGAGCUCCUCUCGCCGCACUUGCCAUUGACCGGCGAUGUCUCCGUGCAUAUGCGGAGGCGCUGGGAGACGAGUCAGUUUGUUCUCUGAUAUGCAUGCUGUGUGCGCGGAAAUUUCCUCACGUGGAAGGGCGCCGUGGGAAUCCAAUCACUUGGCAGAAGGUGUCGCCGGAUUCGGAUGGCGUCUUCGGACUGCCUGGCUCGUUUGUCAGAAAGCACAUGUCCGUGGACAGCUAUGUGGGUCGAUGCGGUCAGGUCGGAAGCGACGUGCAUCUGCGGCAUUACGCGGAGGACUUUGAAGAUUGGCAAGCAACGAUCGCGUCGGGCGAUGGACACAUGAAGGUGUUGUGUUGCCCCGAAGAUCUGCGCUGCAGCACGGAAUCGUGGCACGAAGGGAACGAGGUAUGCGAUCGUUGCGAGGCGCCGCUGUGCGAGGAAUGCCGAACGGGUAUGUCUGGCCCGAGAGGCGAGGCGGCGGUGCCCCCUGCAGCUCUCGCUAAUGACAUGAUGACGUUCUACUCACCGGAAGAGCUGUUCGCAGGAAACGUAACGCUGCUCGAGAUGAUUUGUGCGUCCGUGUGCGUGACCUCGAUGGUAUGUUUCACCCUGGAGAAGCGGCAUCGCAACGAACGAUCUUUUGACAUGGAGGCGGGGAACAACACGCGUCGUAUGGCUGCUCGCGGGAACGCGACGUCCUUCCCGAUGCCGUGGACGGACAUGCUCGCGCAGCUGACCGCCUUGGAGGAAGGGGCGUCGAAGGUAAGGCCGCCGUCGGUGCCGCGGACAGGCAAAGAACUGGCCGACAUAGUGUCGGUGAUAUUGAAGUCCGGAGGAGACGACGAUGCGGCAGCGAGCAUGGCGAAGUUUAUACAUCAGGCAGUCGUCCGUCGGGAUGUGGUCGUAAAGCUGAUCGAGGGGGCGAAGAAGCGUGGGCGCCGAGCGUAUCAGCACGUUUGCAUGGAAGAGGUGCGAAAAAAAGCUGCGGAGCUGCCUGAUGGUGAGGUGCCGCCCGAGAUCAUGCGUUUGGUGCCUUUGGACAACGAGCUGGACAAUAUUCAGACGCAGAAGGCGGCGACGCCAGUUCCGCGCCCGGAUGGGUUGCAGGAAGCGGCGGAGAUCUUGGAAACGACGAAAGGCAACGCCGUGGUUCUGGAGAAGAGCAGCUUCGAUGACGGGGAUAUCAAUGCCCAGCGUGUGGAAGCCUUACGAAGUUUUGUACAGAGGGUGUCGCCAGAAUGCGAACACGAUGGAACCAGGGAGCGCACAGAUCACAGCGAGAGUGAGUCGGAGCAUGAAGGUACCCGAGCGAAGCGCCCGCGCGAAGGCGGGCGAGAAACGGAGCCCGACUUCGCGCCGGCGAAGGAGAGGGGAGAGGCGAGAUUGUUGACAGAGGCGCUGGAGAGGACGUGGUUUACGUACGUAUCCGCGAACCCGAAGGACGUGGAUGCGCAAAUCACACCCGAGGAGAUCAGCGAAGGGGCGAAGCAGAUCUACCGUGCAUUGGCGGGAAAAUACCAGGACGUGAACGGUAAGAAGCAGAAAGUGAUGGGAGACAUGACGAAAGUGCGCUACGUCCCGGGACUCGGCAGAGCGGCCCACAGGUCGCUCCAAAGACUGACGAUGUGCGCCUGGAACUACCGCUGGCGGCGAUCAUGUCGCAAGUGCCUGCGUGGGCGGAGCGCAGGAGGGGAGACCAUCUUGCAGAAGACGCCGAAAGUGAUAUUCGUCCUUUUCGACGAGGGUCUCGAUGAUGCAGGGAACGUAAUCCCAUGCAAGUGGACGAUCCCGGGGCUCCGAACGCCGGGCCUGCACCCAGUGAGCCCGCAGAGAAAAGACUGGUUCGUGGACAAAGGCCGGCCGUAUCCGCGUCUGAAAGUGAAGCGGCGGCAGUUUCCUUUGGCCCCAGCGUUUGGAGUGACAGCCCACUCAGCUCAGGGCCAGACUUUCAAACAAGGUAUCAUCGUGGAUCUGAGGAUUGGCGGGGGCACGUCGCCGUUGUCGAGUUAUGUUGCUCUGACGCGCGUGCGGCGCCGCGAAGACAUGCUGAUAUUUCGGCCUUUCGACCGCGCGCCGUACACUCAGAAAGAGCGGAAGGGCCCCGGAUUGCUCUUGCAGUCGUUGCGGGGAGAUCCCAUGGAUUGGGAUGCAAUCGAGAAGGAGUUCAUGCCUGCAGGGAAGUGCGCACUGUGCUCGGCGGUGAAGUACAAGAACCAGUUCGCUCUCGGGCAGUGGAGCCGGGACGACGGUCUCCGCGUGUGCAAGUUGUGCUUGGAAGGCAAAAAGAGCAUUGGCACGCCGUGGCAGUGUAUGGAGUGCUAUCUGUGGAAGGGUCAGGAUGCUUUCCACACGUCGCAGCACCACAGCUCCAAGCUGACGUCACGGCGUUGCGUGGACUGUCCCGAAAGGCGAAAGUGUUACGUAUGCGAGAAGCGGAAGUACGAGGAUGCGUUCGUGGAUUUGCAAUGGGAGAAGGCAGGGAACGCCCGAUGCAAAGGGGGAAUGUGCCGGGACUGCGAAGAGGCGAAGAGGCACCUGAAGUGUUCGCGCUGCGGCGAGGUGACCAUCGCUGUGCUGUCGAGCCUGCCACAGAGCCGUCAGCAGGGGCAUCACGAGCACGACUCUGGAUGCCAGGCCAUCAACCGGCAGGUCACGCGCGUCGCGGAGGGCGGGGACCUCGGCAGAGAGCUGGUGCUGGCCCCGGGGCUGCACGGGGCGGCGGAUCCCGCUGGGGCGGAGAAGAACGCCGUCGCGGAGCGCUGCGCCGGUAGCGCGCUGCUGCGGAGGCGCGGCAAUGCGGGCACGCACGACGUCGCCCUGGCGACGCGGCGGGAGCUCUGCGCCGCCGAGGCCAGUUCGGUGCCCGUGCCUGGCAUCAACCUCGCGACCUCUCUCCACCGCGUGGCGAAGCUCGCAGCGGCUGGCGGCCCGGGAGGCAUCGCCUCCGCGAAGGAGCUCCCCGAGCUCCGGGAGCUGGUGGACCGCGUGGAGCAGCACGUGCUCAACCACAGCCUGCGCCACGACGCGAAGUCGGCGCUGGCCCCGGCGUCCGAGGAGAUGCCCGUGCACUCGCUGAGCAUCGUGGCGUGGUGCUGCGCGACUCUGCAGAUCCGCAACAAGCAGCUUUUCGCCGCCAUCUACGAGAUGGCCGCGCCCCGACUGUCCGAGUUCAAGUCGUUUGAGUUCUCGAACCUCCUGUGGGCCCUGGCGAAGAUGUCGCUGAGCCCCUCGGAGCUGCUGCGCAGCAUGACCGCGCAGCUGCUCCGCAGGCGGCCGGGCGAGUUCCACGUCCAGUGCCUGUCGACGAUCGCCUGGUCCCUCACCACGAUCAAGCGGCGAAACCUGGUGGUGUACGACAGUUUGGCAAAGGAGCUCGCCGCGCGCGCGGGCGAGAUGAAGCCGCAGGAGGUCUCCAACACCCUCUGGGCGUUCGCCAAGGCGGGCUGCGCGAAAGAACGGCUCUUCGAGGCCCUGGGUGACGUCGCCGUCCGCACGCUGGCCAGCUUCAAGCCACAGGAGCUCUCCAACACGGUCUGGGCCUUUGCCACGGCGGGCCUGCACCACCCGGCCUUGUUCGACAGCGUGCUGUCCGCCUCUGCCCAGAAGAUGCACGUGCUCGUGCCGCAGAACUUCGCCAACAUCCUGUGGGCCUACGCGAAGCUGGGGGACGUGCGGCAGCCGGGUGCGCUCUCGCAGCUGCUGCAGGCCGCCGGGCGGCAGCUCCCGAGGCACAAGCCGCAGGAGCUGUCCGCGGUCAUCUGGGCGGCCUCCAAGGUGUGCCCCAGUGACGACGCCUUCUUCCGCGCGGCAUUCCGCUGCUGCGUGGACGGCGUGCGGGAGUUCUCGCCGAACGGCCUGGCGAACCUCGUGCGGGACCUCUCCGCGGUCGAGGCCGCGGAGCCCGAGGCGCUGAUGGCCCUGCUGGGCGAGUGCGGGCGCCAGGCGGGACAGUUCAAGACGCCGGCCCUGUGCAGCCUCCUCCGCGGCACCUGCGUCGCGCUGCGCGGCGACAAGUACGCCGCCAUCUCCGCUGAGGUCGCGGCGCACGCCGAGCGCGCGGGCGAGCUCCUCGCCGCGCGGGUCGGCGAGCUCCAGCUCGGAGAGCUGGAGGAGGUGCACUCCGCGAUGCAGGGCUGCCCUGCCGAGCUCCGCGGCCUCCGCCGUGCGGUGGACGCGCGCCUGGAGCAGCAGCUGGCGGCGGCAGCCGCCGCGCCGCGCGCGGGCGCCGCGCCCGCGGGCAAGACCACCUGCAGUGUCGGCAGCGCCUCCACCUCGGCGGAGGGCAGCCAGGCGGAGGAGGAGUGGCCCGCCGCCGAGGACCUCAGCGGCGCCGAGGACUCGGAGGAGCGGUCGCCCUCCGAGCGGUCCGCCCGGCGGCAGCCCCCGCCGGCCCGGCGCGGCGGCCAGCGACGGACGCCGCCAGCAUCGGCACCGCCUGGCCUGGGGCCCGACGCCGGCGCGCCCGGCCAGGGGUGGGCCGGCUGCGGCCCAGCGGCUGCAGGCGCGCCUGCCGGCACGCGCGCGCUGGACGCCUCCUGCCUCGCCGAGGAGCUGGCCUGCGGCGCCCUCGCGGCCGUUGACCCCGCCGCGCUGGCCUUCCUGCCCCUGCUCGGCGUCGGCGGCAGCAAGGUGCGCCUCCGCUGCGGGCUGCUCGACGAGCGGGUGGUGCUGAAGCGUCUGCCCCCGCAGGCGGCGAGCGUGCCGUCCGCGCCCCUGGCGCACCCCAACGUGCUGUUCCCCCUCGCGCACAUCAGUGGCGGCUUCGGGGCGCCCGCCUUCGCCGCCUACCCGCACUGCCGGCACGGCAGCCUCGGGGAGUGGCUCGCAGCGCGCAGGGCUGCGGGCCGGCCCGUGGGGGCGGCGCAGGCCGCGCGCGUGCUGCUCGGGGCGCUGGCGGGGGUGGACGCGCUGCAGGGCGCCUGGGGCCACGCCGCCGUGAAGGCCAUGCAGCCAGACGAGAUCUUGAUCGACGCCGACGAGACGCCCCGCGUCCGCGAGCCCCGCCUCGGGGGCCUCGUCGACGGCCAGGCGCUCAAGUGGCUGUCCCCCGAAGAGGCCUCAGGCGCACUGCCUCACUGCCCCGACGCGUGGCCCGCGCUCGCCUACCGCCUCGGCAUGGUGCUCUUCUGCGCGGGCACGGCGGAGCCCGCCGACCCGCACCCGGGGCACCGCGGCGAGGCGGUGCUGCAGGGCCUCCUGGCUGAGUGCGGUGGGGGCCCCCCCGUCAGGCCGGACCUGGGUGCCUUCAGGGCCCCGAGAUCCUGCGCAGGCUCGUCGCGGGCUGCCUCCGCCUCGGUGGCCUGCAGCCACCGCCCCGCGGCCCGCUGGCGGCCGCCCUCGCCGCCGUGGCGGGCGCCGCGCCGCGGGCGCCGGCGCUGGCCGACUGCGAGGAGCCGAUGA